AUGGAAACGGAGCCUGUCCAGGAUAAUCCUGAGGUCUGCCUCAAGACGGUCGUGGAGCCCAAAGUGAUUGACGAAUCGGUAAUAAAAUCGAGACGUCUAACCCAAGACUUCCAUCAGCUCAGACAGCAAUGCCUGGAUGAGGGGCGUCUCUUCGAAGAUCCCGAGUUUCCAGCUUCCGACGUGGCCCUGGUCAUCUCCGAAAAAUCAGACAGACUCAUCGAAUGGAAGCGCCCUAAGGAUUUAGUCGACGACCCCCAGUUCUUCGUCGACGGCUUCUCCAGGUUCGACGUCGAGCAAGGCGAGCUCGGCGAUUGCUGGAUGCUCUCCCCCCUGGCCAACCUGACGAUGAAUCCCAACUUGUUCUGCAAAAUCAUACCCCGGGACCAGGGCUUCGGAGAAAAUUACGCCGGCAUAUUCCACUUCAGGUUCUGGCAGUACGGCAAGUGGGUCGACGUCGUCGUCGAUGAUCGGCUGCCAUUGUUGAACGGCCAGUUGUUGAACCUGAAAUCGGGCACGAGCAACGAAUUUUGGACUCCUCUGCUGGAAAAGGCCUACGCAAAGCUGCACGGCUGCUACGAGUGUCUCAAGGGUGGUUCGGCCCUGGAGGCCAUGGUGGACCUGACUGGUGGCGUUGCCGAGAUGAUCGAUAUGGCCAACGCCCCACCCGAUCUAUUCGAUAUUUUGCUCAAGGCGUACGAGAGAAACUCCCUCAUGGGCUGCUCGGUCGAGGCGGAUCCCCAUAUAGUGGAACUCCGUAUGCCGUCGGGUUUGAUCAAGGGUCACGCUUAUAGUAUCACCAAAGUGAAAGUGAUAGAUAUUGUCGAGCACGGUGAUACGAAGCCACUUCAGCUGCUGAGAAUAAGGAACCCGUGGGGUAACGAGGACGAGUGGAAUGGCGACUGGAGUGACUACUCUCUGUCGUGGAGGAAGGUCCCUGCGGAUGUUAAAAAGAAAUUAUGCCUAACUUUCGACACUGACGGUGAAUUCUGGAUGUGCUUCGAGGAUUUCAAAAAAGAAUUUGCACACAUUGAAAUUUGCAACUUGAAUCCGGAUUCCUUGACGGAGGACGAUUUGAACGCCGGAAAGAAAAAGUGGAAAACUAGUAUGUUUGAGGGCGAAUGGGUAAAAGGAGUCACUGCCGGUGGUUGCCGAAACUACUUGGAAACUUUCUCGUGUAACCCGCAGUAUCGCAUCACGUUGGAGCAUCCCGAUGAAGGUGACGACAAGUGCACCGUCAUUAUCGCGUUGAUGCAAAAACAUAGAAGAGCUAUGAGGAAAAUUGGUGCUAGUACCCUGGCUAUUGGUUUCGCAGUCUAUCACUUGAAAAAUCCAGAUGAGCUGCCAAAGCCUUUGGAUACGAAUUUUUUCAAGAAACACAGGGUUGUGGUUCCAAACUGCUUAUUUACUAACAUGCGAGAAAUAACGUAUCGUGCUAAAUUACCGCCUGGAGUUUACUGCAUAAUUCCUAGUGCUUUUGAACCAAGCGAAGAAGGGGAAUUCUUACUCCGAAUAUUCUCUGAAAACAAACACAGCAUGGAAGAAAACGAUGAAAAAGUCGGAGUUGGGGAGGUUGACGAAAGGGUACGUAUUGGUAACUAUUGUAAUAUAAAUGAUAAUGUCNAAUUUUAUUUCUAUUAUAUUUCAUCCAACUUUGAAUUUUUACUUUUCUUUAAAAAAAAAAAAAAAGUUUUUUACUGUGUUAUAUAUUGUUUUGUAGAAAUGCAGGACCAAGGCUUCAACGAAGAUAUUUGCCAAAGUAUCAUUGCUAUGCUCGACAAAGACAGUACUGAAAAAUUGAAUUUCGAGGAGUUUACCAGUCUGUGGAACGACAUCAGAAUGUGGAGGGCCGCCUUUCACCUGUACGACAAAGACGGUUCGGGCAAUUUGAGCGCAUUUGAACUGCGACGUGCGUUGAACAGCGCCGGUUACCGAUUGAACAGCAGAGUACUCAAUGUUUUGGUGCGCCGAUACGGUACCGAGGAAGGAACUAUAUCGUUUGACAAUUACAUCAUGUGUGCGGUCCAACUGAAAACUUUAAUCGGUAAAGAGAUGCCGGAAUACGAUCUAGCAGAUUUAUUGGAUUCUGGCAAUCUCGGCAUCUCUGGAGAUAAUUGCUCCAAAUGGAGUUUAGAUAUCUAA